CGAGAGCACGAUUCCAAGAAAACACUUGUCGGUAUUCACGCCACCCACACCGGAGUUCGCGGAAUAGUGACCUAUAUAUUCCUGGUAACUCACCGCAGGCCUGCAUUCGGCGAAAUUGUUCCCCGACACCAAUUCCCCGAAGUUUUCGACUGCGCACCUGCUAGCAGCGACUGAUCUCGCCCACAGCUCGCGCUGUACUUGCAACUGCAGCACACGAGACUCAGCUCUGUGUCCAAGUGUUCUUUCAUCUGGUGAUUGGUAGACAGCUCCAGAGAUCUCCAGCCACCUCAGUCUGCAGCGAGAAAGAAAAAGAGACGAAUAAAUAGUUAAAUGAUGUCUGUGACAGCGCCACCGCUCGUGAUGACCAUCAACGAUAGACAAAAGUGUUUCGAGGAACGCAAGACGCUGGAGAGCCAUGCUUGCUCCGGCAGUCACUAUGUCACUCUCGGAGUGGUGAGCAUUUUCUAUUGUAACAACUUGUACCAAUGUUUUUCUUUUUUCGCUUCAAAUCCCAUUUUGGUUUCAAGUAUACUCUAAUAACCUAGAUAGAGAGAGUGUUCUUUAACUACUUGGGCCAUUUCAUUCUAGUUCCCAGCUGGCAUUACAAACCUAGAUAUUUUUUCGUAAGAAAGAGCAAUUUGCACCAUUUCGUAUUUUAGUUCCAGGCAUUUCUUCUUUAUAAGAGACCAUAUAUAGCAGCAAAAUUGACCUAUGGUGUAUGUGUCCACUAAUGGGUCAGUAGGUCAGUGGGGUAAGCUUUGUGGCUAGUGGUUUUCGGGAUUGGAGGUCAAGUAAAGGACAGUGCUAACUGCAAAGCAUCUAGCAGGGUGGGUCUGAGGAUUGCUGAGCAGCUUACAACAGCUGCGGUUUCAAGAUAUCUCAAUUAGCACUCCCGUUCUCUAGCCUUUAUAGUCUCUCUCUCCUCUCUCUCUCUCUCCUUUCCCUCUCUCUCAGGAAAUUGAGAGCGGGGUUUUGCUGACUCCGGAUAGCAGCCCAUCGGCUCUUUCCACUGCCUCAUACAAAGAGUCUUUCCAUCGUUCUACCGAGUCGUUGGUUCAAGCCCCUCCCCAAGCUACCCGCUGCUCAGUGCUAGCGAUGCCACCAAUGAUACCCAGUUCUCCUGUCACCUCUGAACAAGACCAGCAAGGUGGUUACAUGACGGCAGCUACCCACGGGCCUGUCGGCUCGCCUCCACUCCAAAUGGGCUCCCCGUACAGCGGUUGCUCUUCGCCUGCCGGUAGUCAAGUUUACUCUCCCGAGCAUUUCGAACACCACCUUCCGAGUCAUUCGCAGGGUAUGGGGUCCCCUCCGUACCCCACGUCAUCUCCUUACCAGUCAACCAUUCGGUCACCGGGUCAGUACAGCUGUUCAACACCCUCACCGACUUACAGCAACAUGGACACCGUGGAAGUCCCGCAUCUCAUUUCGUUUUCGAGUGCUGUGACUAGUUGCGACGGAGGUAUGCCGGGGGUGUUUACCGGGGAACCGGCGAUCUACAGCGUACCUCACGCUCACCCGCAAAUGGUCGAUGCUUUCUCGGCGACGCACCCGAGCCAUCUACCUUCGUUUGCCCACGUUUUCGAGGGUCCUCUACACCACGAGAUCCCCGAGCGACACUCCUCCCCCGAAUCCUACUGCAGCGAAUCCGGCCCCGUGACCAUCAAACAGAUGCCCAACGAGUUUGGGAUUACGGGCAUCGAGUUCUAUCACCCUCCGACGCCUCCUAAUAUGGUCGAAGGAGCCCCCGGCAUGAUGUACCCACCGGAAAUGUGCGGUCAUCUUCCGCCAGAGAUGUGUGGCUCUCUUCCCCCACUCCCCAAUCAUCUCUGUCCUAUCCCAACCCUUUCAAACCAAGGCAGAAGAAGACCCAAGCAGCCGAGAAAAGUGCCAAACAUUGAAGUCGACGACAGCGACAUAAAAGAUAUCCCAACGAGUGCUCAAUUGUGGGAGUUCACCCUCCGCGUCCUCAAGAAGCCGAAGUACAAGUACAUGGUGUCGUGGGAGAAACGAGAAGAGGGGCUGUUUCGCUUCAACAACGCCCAGGCUUUUGCCGCCCUGUGGGGAAAACACAGGAAUCGUCCCCAAAUGUCCUACGACAAGGUCGCGCGGGCACUUCGCUACUAUUACAAGAGGAACAUUUUGGAGCAAGUCGGUGGACGCCUCACCUACCGGUUCACAAAGAGGUUGAGCAAGCUGUAUCUUAGCGACGUGUAGGACUUUUUUUACCCGUCUCAGACGCAACCUUUACGCACACGUAACGAAACGACGACAACAAGAGUGUAUUCCGACGAUAACUUGCAAUAUUUGUUGCUAUAUCUCAUACUGUCACUUCUCACUUCUCUUCCUUCAUACGUUUUAUAUAUACCGCUCUCGAAUUCAGUCCUUUUACUUUUUUAUAACAGUUAACCUCACUCUCCGUGUUCUCUACUAAUUAUGUACACACCUGUCGUUGUAAACUGCACACUGCUUUUGUUAUUUACCUAAUAAAGCACAUCAAUUGUAUGUUUUUCACAAAAAAUGACCUAAAAAAUAAACAGUGUGGCUCUACGUAUGAUAUUCCUAGCUCUGAAGAUAUGAAAAGUCACUAACAAGAAAUAUGCACCAGAACAUACAUACACACUCGACCCCUUCCUUUAUGAAACACUCACCAGGUGGGCCUUGGAGAGCCAUGCCAAUUAUCAUUUGUCGCCUCCCGGCCAGACGCACAGACGAGCGGGGCAGCACGCGACGCUGUUUUGACUCAGCUGUUAAAAAGGAGGAAAUGUGGGACAGACUGA